AAAUCUAUGGACAUCAGAAAUAGCGCUGAGUACUUUUCCAAGCUUGAGAACUGUACUGUGAUCGAAGGCUACCUCCAGAUAGUGCUCAUAGACCAUGCAAAACCCAGCGACUAUGCCGGACUCAGCUUCCCGAAGCUACGUGAGAUCACAGAAUACUUUGUGAUGUUCCGGGUGAAGAACCUUCAGACCUUACGCCACAUCUUCCCCAACCUUGCUGUGAUCCGAGGGGACAGCCUGUUCUUCAACUAUGCCCUGAUCAUCUUUGAGAUGUUUGAGCUCCAGGAGAUAGGUCUUCCGAGUCUACAGGCGGUGAUGAGAGGCUGGGUCAGGAUAGAGAAGAACAUCAACCUAUGUUACCUCUCUACGGUGGACUGGUCCUUGGUCCAGGUCCAGGGGAUGGAGAACAACUUCAUCAAGGGUAACAAAGACCAAGAGGAGUGUUUCAACUUCUGUCCAGAGGAUGAUGGCAAGAGACUCUGCCGCAAGUUGACAGCUACUGGCGAUGUUGCGGAACUCUGUUGGACAGGUCAAGACUGCCAGAAAGGUAAGCCACUUGAAAAGCUUUUUUUGAAACAAUUCAUAUAAAGAGGUAUCUACAACCUUCAAUACCAUUAACCAAUGAGGCAACAUAAUUAUUUUCUCCUUAUUCAAGUUUAAUCAGUUUAUUGAUAUCACAGACCUGCCAACCAGUACAUUUUUGGCGUAUUUAGUACGUUUUUGCAACCAAAAUACGGCAGUUCGUUUUUUCUUUUAAAAAAUACGU